AUAUAAUCCAAACUCGGUAAACCUCACAAUCCCCACAUUCAAUUCACCUCCAUUUGGGAAGAAAAAGAUUCUGAAAAUUUUCUACAAAUUCAUCAAGUAUGGCAGAUUACUAUGGGCAGCAACAUACUCAGCACCAGCAGCUCAAUCCAGUGCAACAGCCUAGAUCUCACCAGAUGGUGAAGGCUGCUACUGCUGUCACUGCUGGCAGCUCACUUCUUGUUCUUUCCGGCCUAACUUUAGCCGGAACGGUGAUUGCGCUUACUGUUGCCACCCCUUUGCUUGUGAUUUUUAGCCCAGUGAUUGUUCCUGCUGUUAUUACUAUUUUCAUGUUGGUCUCAGGGUUCUUGGCUUCGGGCGGAUUUGGGGUUGCGGCAAUAAGCGUAUUGUCGUGGAUUUAUAGGUACGUGACCGGAAAGCGCCCGCCCGGUGCGGACCAGCUGGAGCAUGCAAGGAACAGGUUGGCUACUAAGGCUGGGGAGAUGAAAGACAGGGCUCAGGAGUUUGGGCAGCAACAUGUCACUGGGACCCAGCAGGGUUGAGGUAUCUUUGUGUUUAUAUGGUGUAAUCUACUGAAGUUGGGGAUCAUGGUGCUGCUGUAUUAGUUUACAUAAAUUUCAUUAGUUUAUUCCAUGCUGUAUCUUUCUUCUUGUAUUCUGUUGGAGAAGUUUGUUAAAUUACUUGUUUAUGUUGCUAAAGGGCUCUUUGUCUUCAGCGAGUCCGCAUUAUUGUAAUAGUCUCUUGUUAAUUCCGACGGCCGAAAUAAAUGGAGCUGAUGUUGUAAUUAGGCUGGUUA